CAAAAAGUUCACUGUUAUCAUCGUCAAACAGUUGGAAAACCAGAUUCCUAUGAGCGUUAGAAAAGUCGAGAUGUAUGAGGCAUGUAAGGCCACUCAUGGACAGCUAGAUGUUAGGUGAUUGACAAGGAUGAGAGGCGGCAUAAGCGUACGAAUAUCGUUAUGAAAUAUCGAGUCUGGAGCGAAAUAGAGUUAUCUGACGCCAGGGCUGCGAACUUCACAAAUUUAUGCAUCUUGUACCAUCGUCAUUUUCAAUGACUCACAGGCCAUUGCAAUGCUUAUAACCUGAGAAAACUAUGGUAUUGGCACACCGUAUGUUGCAGCGGCGAAAAUUUCAUAGAAAAUAUUGGAGUGCUAUGCCCACUGUAUCAUAUCUAGUAUCCCCCAAAUUAGGGGUCCAUAUCUUUGACCCUGAAAUAGCUGCGAUGUUUUGCAACAUACUGUGAUAAAUUCUGGACAUUUGUCUCACAGUAUACCAAGUUUCUUUCCAAAUAACUAUUUUUUGUUUUUUAAAUGCUAAAAUUUACACUUGCAUCUCAAAUAGCUUUUCAGCAAAGGACAAACUGACCCUCUUCAAAAUCACCUGGUGGGAAACUGAGAAAUCAUUACUUAAAAAUUUUGCCACCAGGUGGUUGCCAAGACGUACCACUUAUGAUACAGCAGGGUUUUCAACAAUUUUCGCCUUCAGGAUUAGCGCGCGAAUUUUCUGCAAAUUGACUUACAGAUAUGAUACCGGGGGCACUAGAGGGUUAAAGCUGGUUUCUUCUUCUUGCACCAGGUGGCAGCACUUAUUUUCCAAAAUCAGUGCUUGUAUUUCCAAAAUCGUGAUUUCCUCGCUGAGGAGUGAAAUCGGCUUCAUCGUUGCUAAAAAUAGCUGAUAGCGUUGUCAUUUUUAGCACAUGGUUGCCAAAAAUGGCAUGUGCUAAAAAUGACAACCAUUGACCAAACCUCCCCCAACUGUUAUGAAUAUGCUGUUACCAAAUGCCAAUGCCAUGAUGUUGAAAGAACAUCAUGGUAACCAAUAAUUUUCAUUGAAUUUGUAUUGAUCUUACAGAAACCCCAUUUCUUUCAGCAGCGACAUCACAGCUAAUUCUGUUUCCAUUUUGUAACACACUGAGGUUGAGGGAGACUCAGAUGGGAAUGUCCAGUAAUUGCUGCUAACUGGCUGCUUCCCCUGCCAACUGCAAGUGUCGUACAGCAUGAGUGGUGCUCUAAGAAAGGAGGUGCUAUCUGCAUUCAAGAGGAUACAUCGUGCAAGGGCAGAGGUGUUUGCUGGUGAUGAUGCUGCAUUGUCAGCUGCCAGGAUCAAAAUAAAUGAAGAGUACAAAAAGAACAGGGGAGUGACCAAUGAAGACUCUAUCAAGGAGCUGGUGAACUUCUCGAAAGAAUGUGAAACUGUUCUAUUGAAAACAGUAAUGCAAGCGAAAGAGACGGAGCCUGGCAGAUAUGCCCUGCGCAUCAACAAGGAGACGUACAUGUGGGACAACGUGCCGUACCGGGACGUCGACCUGCCGCCCGCCAGGCCCGGCGGCUGCUCCGACCGAGCCUCGUGACGUCACUGGUUUGG